AUGUCAGAAACGAAUGAACAUGAAAGUGAAGACCAGCCUAGCUUUGAAUUUCCCAUAGUUGGAAAAAAAGAGAAAGCUCAUAGCCGAGGAAUAGUUGGAGUGUUUACGUAUGAUAUCGGCGAACAUGGUUAUGGUUUAAUUUCAAUAGGACACGAUUCAUUAAAAGUUUGGAAAGUAGAUACUGAUGAGUCUGGAGCUACAAAUUUUUCCUUCAAUCAUGAAAUAUCAAAAUGGCGUUGUGGCGUCCAGUCUUGUGAUGCAACUGCUGACGGAAGAUGUGUUUCCAUAAUUGGCUUGGAUUCAAUAUUAUAUGAAGUUAUAAUAGGAGAAAGCGGACCAGUCGUAACAGCUUAUGAUUUGGGCUACAUGGAAACUUGGCAUAUACGAAUCGCUCGGAACAAGAUCAAUUAUAUGACAACGAGUUUCUCAGGGUUUAUAUCUGAGGUUAACAUGUCAGGAGAGUUUUCUCGGAGAGAGGCUGUUAAUCAUGUGAAGCAAAUAUCGGUUAUAUCAUACAGCAAUGACAAUAGGCUUUUGGCUGUCGGCAAUCUGGAAGGAGUAGUUCGUACUUAUGAAGUAUCAACUUUCAAAAACUUGAACUCUUAUGAAAUUCACGCAAUGAAAAUUAGAGCCAUAGUUUUCCUCCCUGACGACGACAAGUUCUUGACCGCAUCGGACGAUAAAACUUUAAAGCUUUUUUCACUAACAACUGGUAGCACAAUCCACACCUAUUGUGGCUGUAGCUCACCAAUAUCUUGUGUUGCAUUGGAACUGAAUAAGUUCGACGGCAGAUUCUUUGCUACUGGUUGCGUCAACGGUGAUGUAUUGUUCUGGACCACUUCUAUUGUUGUCCCACUGUGUAGCAUUUCUACUCAACAUGAAGGCGGUGUAUGGUCUAUGGCAUUCUCUCCUGAUGGACGAAAUCUUUUGACUGCUGGUGAAGAUAAGCGGAUCAUAUGUUACAAUGUUCCGGACAUGGAUUUGCCAACAGAGUCAUUAAACACUCUUCGGCCCAUUGAUGCACCUGUAGAUGAUGAUGCUGAAAUGUCAGUCGAUAAUCCAGCCUUUAAAGAAGUUUAUGUCAAACGAGACAUUCAUGAUGACUAUGAAGCUGAGCACUCGGUAAAGCCUGCCAUUCGUGAGCAGGUUGAUACAAACCAUGACGAUGAAGCAGACUAUCACGGACUGAUGAAGCCACAGAUAGAUCCUGUGCAACCCUAUGACAUAGAUAAAGUGGAAAUGGAUACGAAUAGCUAG